AUGGCGAGCAUUUGGAUGGUUGUGCUUGCUUUUCUGGCAAUCAUGUUUGGGUGUGAGGGAUCAGAUUUGAGGUAUAAGUUCUACAAGAAGAGCUGCCCAUCGGCUGAGGACAAGGUUAAGGAAAUGGUGGAGAGGCACGUAGCCAAGGAUCGAACCCUAGCGGCUGCUCUCCUACGCAUGCAUUUCCAUGAUUGUUUUGUGCGAGGUUGCGAUGGGUCAGUGCUACUGAACUCCACAGCAAACAACACAGCAGAGAAAUCCGCCAUUCCAAAUCUGAGCCUGCGUGGAUUUGACGUAAUUGACGAUGUGAAAGCAGAAAUAGAGAAGAUGUGUCCAGGACUCGUUUCCUGUGCUGACAUUCUUGCCCUGGCUGCCCGAGAUGCUGUCGUUGCUGGGAGUGGUGGUCCGUUUUGGCGUGUGAGAACGGGUCGUAGGGAUGGAGUGGUAUCUCAACAAAAUGAGGCUUUGAGCAACAUUCCCUCACCAUUUUUCAACUUCUCACAACUCCAAGCAUCUUUUGCAAGCAAAGGACUCAGCGCCAAAGACCUUGUUGUUCUCUCUGGUGGGCAUACAAUUGGAGUUGGUCAUUGCAAUUUAUUUAGCAAUAGACUUUACAACUUUACAGGGAAAGGAGACACGGACCCUUCACUUGACCCCACAUAUGCCCAAUUUUUGAAGAGCAAAUGCACUAGUCUGGCAGACACUACAACUACUGUUGAAAUGGAUCCCAAUAGCUCCCUCACCUUCGAUAGUCAUUAUUUUUCUAAUCUUCAAGCAAAGAAAGGCCUCUUCCAGUCUGAUGUUGCCCUACUCACAAAUUCUAUUGCCAAAAAGCAAGUUGAGAAGCAGAUGAAGGGUAAUAGCUUCUUUGAAAACUUCAAGAAUUCCAUGCAACAGAUGUCAGAAAUCCAAGUUCUCACUGGAACAACAGGACAAAUUAGACGUCAAUGUGCAUUCAUCAACUAA